AUGGCAUCAAAACAAAUGAUCAUUGAUGUUAUUGAUCGAUUCAAUGGUCUGGAAAAUUUUGAUAUAUUCUUUGAUGAUGGUGAUCUUGAUGAUGAUUGUAUGACUAUUUAUAAAGGUGUCUCAAUUGAUUGGUUAAUGAAACAUACGCAGCGUCUCAAGUCACAUGAUUCCACCUACCGAUAUUCCAGAGAAUUCUAUCCAUCGAUUAAUUUGUCAUUUGGCGACCAACGAAAAGAUGAAAAUAAUCAAUUACUUAUGCAUUUUCCAGUAAAUGAUUAUAUUAAUGAAAAUGAUGGGUCUUUAAAAGAUUUUGAUGAAUUCAUAAUAAAAAUAAAAAACGAAAUUUAUGCAUUAUCACAACGAAAAGUAUGUUUUCCACAUCAUGGACUUUUUCCAGCAGAAUAUUUAAAUAGAAUGUUUAAUAAUAUUGCUGGUUAUUUGAUUGAUAUUCAUGCUGCUAUAUCAUCUGUUUCACUCAUCCUACAUUGUUGUUCAAUAAAAUCAUUUGUUAUUUGUUCAUUACCAAUAUUUAAUUGUGGAAUCGAAAAACUUUUAAAACAAAGAAUAUUUAUUGAGAGGACUAAAUAA